CAUACCUCAAUUUAUUCAGCCAUUCCCCAAUUCCUGGGAAUCCCUGUAGAGUUUAUCUUGAUGUAACCUGAGCACCUUCCUCUGAGUUAGGAGGUAGCCAGCCUGUCAUCCUAAGAAACCAUUUAUCCCUCUGCUGAUAAUCGGCUUCCCUUGCUUGGAAGUCAUACAGUAUGGCUCUAUGCUCCCUUCCUGGGCAAACCCGCACUUGUUAAACCCUCCCGUCCCUCCUCCAGUAGGCAGUGACCUAGACCUGAUUACCCUAUCUCUAUCUCUGUAGCCUUAGCAGUGAUGUGUGGGCCUGCCCAGUUUCACCUGGUGGGGUUGCCAGACAAGUUAAAAUGUUAACUAGAGGAGAAAGCUGCCUCUGUGAGUGAGUGACUGCUUGCCUGUCCCCACAAGUGAGCAUACAGCUGCCGAGAACUGGUCUCCACCCAGCUAUGCUCUGGACCAGUUUGCCAAGGCAGCUUGUAGGCAAGGUGCUGCCAGUUCUAGGCACAUUGCUGUUCCAGAAGAGAGAAAAAAGGGGAUUUCAACUAAGAAACUUCCAGCGGGAGAUCUAUCCGCAUUAUGACCUUCGAGUGAAAGUGGUGAGAGCAAGAAACAUCAAAAGCACAGACCUACUUUCUAAGGCAGACUGCUUUGUGGAAGUACUACUCCCUACAUCCUCACCAUUGGCUUCUAGGACAAAGGUGGUUCCCAAUUGCUCCCAUCCAGAGUGGAACGAAACUUUCCACUUUCAGAUCCAUAAGGCUGUGAAGAAUAUACUGGAACUCACCCUCUAUGAUGAAGAUGUUCUUCAAAAUGACCAGUUGGCCUCAGUUAUGUUUGACCUUGGGGGCUUGGAGCCUGGCCAAUCUCAUAGUCACACCUUUCUGUUGAAUCCCAAGGACAAAGAGGAAUUGCAGGUGGAAUUUUUCCUGGAAAAAGGAAAUGUGCCUGCCUCUGAAGUCAUCACUAAUGGGGUCCUGGUGGCUCAUCCCUGUCUGAGAAUCCAGGGCACUAUAGAAGAAGCAGCUGUUGCCCAGUGGUGGGAAUAUGUAUUCUCGCUCUGGCCAUAUGGCAGAAAUUCAAGAUGGAGAAGAGGAAGCAGGUUGCUACAGGUGUCACUACCUGGGGCUUAUGAGAAAUCACAGUCCUUUUCCAAGUAUCUACCUCAAGAGGAAGGCUCUUCAAACAGCUUUAUCUUUCAUAUGAACCCAAUCCUGCAAUCUGGACUGAACAUAGCUUUGUGGCAGAGUUCUGAACUGGACAGCCAAACCAGGAGACUGGAUAAAGAGGAGAUACCCAUUUCCUCACUGCCCCUGGGCCAGGAAGUGCAGCAUUUAGUGACUAUGAGAGAGGGACAUGAGCUGACUCUGAACCUCAAGGCAGAAGUAAGCUCCAGGGACCUUGAUGUUCGCCUUGGUUUUGACCUGUGCAAAGGGGAGCAAAUGUUCCUGGACAAGAGGAAACAGAUAGUGUCGAAGGCUCUACAGAAGGUGCUGGAAUUGGACAAAGCCCCCCAACCUGAUCAGGUACCAGUGGUGGCUGUGCUGGGUACUGGGGGUGGGACCAGAGCCAUGACAUCCCUUUAUGGCAGCCUGACUGGGCUACAGGAGCUGGGUUUUCUGGAUACUGUGACUUACCUGAGUGGGAUCUCAGGUUCUACCUGGUGCAUUUCUACCAUCUACAAAGACCCUGGUUGGUCUCAGACAUCACUGUGGGGCCCAGUGAGACAAGCAAGACGCUCCGUGUGCAGCAGCAAAACAAGAGCCUUCUUGUCUGACCAAUUGCGCUAUUAUAGCCAUCAGUUGUUGGCUCGGGAGAAGAGCGGCUUCCGUGUUUCUCUCAUUGAUCUUUGGGGUCUCCUUAUUGAGUAUUUCUUGUAUCAAAAGGAAAACCCAGCCAAGUUGUCUGACCAGCGGGCAGCUGUUGUUGAGGGACAGAAUCCCUACCCCAUCUAUGCAGGCAUCAAUGUCCACAGGAAUGUGUCUAGCCAGGAUUUUGCAGAGUGGUAUGAGUUCACUCCUUAUGAGGUUGGCUUUCCCAAGUAUGGGGCCUUUAUCCCCACAGAGUUAUUUGCCUCUGAAUUCUUCAUGGGGCGACUACUUAAGUCUUGGCCAGAGCCCCGCAUCUGCUACCUACAGGGUCUGUGGGGAAGCGCCUUUGCUGCCAACCUGGAGGAUAUCUUCCGGAGGACAAUCGGCUUCAAGAUCAGCCUCCUGGACUCUCACAGUGAUAGCAUUGACACCAAAGACGACUGUGAAACUCUACAGCUGCUUAAGCCAGCCCGGUUAAGGACACGGCUCUACAUCCCACAAGGCAUCUUCUCCAAGACCCUCAUGGAUAUCUUCACCUCCCGCUUCACUUCUGGGGAAAACUUCAAUUUUAUCCAAGGACUUUGCCUGCAUGAACGCUACACUGAGAGCAAGGAAUUUUUGGCUCAGAAAGUCAGCCACCCAGAUGCUUUCCCCAAUAAUCUGACACCCAUGAAGGAGUGCCUCUACUUGGUCGAUGGAGCCUUUGCCAUCAACUCUCCAUUCCCACUAGUGCUGCUGCCUCAGAGAGAUGUGGAUGUCAUCUUGUCCUUCGACUACUCCCUGGACAUGCCAUUCGAGGUCCUGAAGCUGACUGAGAAGUAUUGCCAAGAUCGAAACAUUCCCUUUCCCCAGAUAGAGUUGAAGCACAAGGACAUGCUAGAGCCCCAAGAAUACUAUGUAUUUGAUAAUGUAGAAGACCCCCGCGUGCCCAUUGUGUUACAUUUUCCCCUCGUGAAUCGCACCUUUCAAAAAUACCAGGCACCAGGUGUGGAGCGAAAGACCCAGAAGGAGAAGAACUUUGCUAACUUUACCAUAAAGGACCAGGAGUACAUCUAUGGAAUCAUGAACUUCACCUACCUGCCAAAAGAGUUUGACCGACUGGUAGAACUGAGCAGAUACAACAUCCUCAACAAUGCAGAAGCUGUAAGAUCUGCUCUAAGCAGGGCCCUGCAACGGAGGCAGGCUGGGAGAUGAGGAUCCCUUGGGGCUCAGGGGAGCUGCUGGGGACCAGCCAUAGCAGUUCCACAGCCCAAGAAGCGUUAAGCUGUUUUAUUGGAAGCCUGGUUGAGGUAGAGUCCUCUUCUCGAAUACCCCACCCUCCACAAGACAAAGAGACUUCUAUUUUAUCUCUCCAGGUGCAGAUUUUCAAACUGUUUUGGAAAUAGAAGAUGUUGUGUAUGUGCAUACAAUGGGAGAUAAAGGUGGUAUGUACC